CUAGUGUGAUGUGAAACGGGGCGAAAAUCGAUGAGAGACAGAACACGUAUUCGUCGUCGUCGGUUUGCUUUUCACGUUUCUUUCGACUUCCAAGGACGAUGUCGAUAGUGUUGUUGUUGCGUGGAAAAUACACGACGAUUGCGAACGAAGCAGCAGCAGAUAAUAAAGAGGGUACGGCGAAGAACGAGCAACGGAAGUGAGGUCCUCGAGACGCAGAAAAAAAGAGUCUUUGAAGAGGGUUGCGGGAGAGAGGAAUCGAGAACGGGUGUGAGAAAGAGGAAGAAGAAAAGCAGCAGUAGCAGUAAGAAUAGCAGCGGCAGAGGCUGCGUAAGAGGCGGAUUAGAGACCGAACACGGUGACAUCCAGGAACCAUCAGCAAAGAGACGAAAGAAACUAAUUGGAAGUGCCGUCGUACGCCAUGGCGGAGCUUACGAGGCCGCCGCUCGGCGACAUUAAGCGGCCCGAGGAGGUGGUGAAAAUGUCGAUGACCGACAACCUCAAGUUCGCCGUCCUCAUCGGACUGAUCGAGGUUGGUCAAGUGGCAAACCGUGAAGUCGUCAACACAGUGCUGCAUCUGCUGGUGGGUGGUGAAUUCGAUAUUGAACUGAACUUCGUGGUACAGGAUGCCCAGAACGUGAAACAUAUGCUGGAGCUGCUCGACCACUGCCCAGCCAACCUGCAGGCUGAAGUGUGGAGUGUGUUUAUCGCGAUCCUUAAGAAGAGCGUACGCAACCUGCAGGCCUGCACGGAAAUUGGGUUGAUUGAGCACGUCCUUGUGCGCCUUUAUCAGGCAGAACCCAUCGUCGCAGAUCUUCUGAUCGAGAUGCUGGGCGUGCUAGCGAGCUACAGCAUUACUGUGAAGGAGCUAAAGCUGCUUUUUGGGGCGAUGAAGGCCGUGAACGGCAAAUGGCCUCGUCAUUCGGCCAAGCUACUCAACGUUCUGAAACAGAUGCCGCACCGAAAUGGGCCAGACGUAUUUUUCAGCUUUCCCGGACGAAAGGGAUCGGCUGUUGUACUACCACCGUUAGCGAAAUGGCCUUACGAGAAUGGUUUCACCUUCAGCACCUGGUUUCGGCUCGAUCCGAUUAAUUCCGUAAAUAUCGAACGGGAGAAACCUUAUCUGUACUGUUUUAAAACGUCCAAGGGUGUCGGCUACACGGCCCACUUCGUCGGAAAUUGCCUGGUGCUCACGUCAAUGAAGGUGAAGGGCAAAGGUUUUCAACACUGCGUGAAGUACGAGUUCCAGCCGCGUAAAUGGUAUAUGAUUGCGAUCGUUUACAUAUAUAACCGGUGGACGAAGAGCGAAAUCAAGUGCCUGGUAAACGGACAAUUGGCCUCCAGCACCGAGAUGGCAUGGCUCGUGUCCACGAACGACCCAUUCGACAAGUGCUAUGUUGGAGCAACGCCAGAACUAGACGAGGAGCGUGUAUUCUGCGGCCAGAUGGCCGCCAUCUAUCUAUUCUCCGAGGCGCUCACGACACAGCAAAUAUGCGCGAUGCAUCGUCUAGGCCCAGGCUACAAGUCCCAGUUCCGCUUCGACAACGAGUGCUACCUGAAUCUACCGGACAAUCAUAAGAGGGUGAGUGACGAAUCAGCGAAACCUAACGCAUCCGUCGCCAUGUCGCUUUCGCCACCGUCCCACGUCCCGCUCGAGUCCAACAUCCAUAGAAAUCUUGUUAGCGGGGGUUCGGGUGCAGUAGUGUUUGCCAACGCAACUACCUUGUCCGCGGUCACUACAAAAGCGUCCGGCGGUGCUUCUGUUGCUCCUUCUGCCACCGACCCCAGUGGCGAUUCGUUUGAUUUUGUAUCCGUAUUGUACGAUGGGAAAUUAUCGAGCGCUAUCGUGUUCAUGUACAACCCUGUUGCCACCGAUGGUCAGCUCUGCCUGCAGUCUGCUCCCAAGGGUAAUCUGUCGUACUUCGUCCAUACUCCGCACUCGUUGAUGCUGCAGGAUGUGAAGGCCGUAGCAACUCACUCGAUACACUGUACACUAAACUCGAUCGGUGGCAUCCAGGUGCUAUUCCCGCUAUUCUCACAAUUGGAUAUGCCAUAUGAAGCAACGGACGUUAGAAAGGACCCAACACUAUGUGCUAAACUUCUUGGAUUCAUUUGCGAGCUCGUCGAAAGCUCGCAGACGGUGCAGCAACAUAUGAUACAGAACCGUGGAUUUCUUGUUAUCUCGUUCAUGCUACAACGUUCGUCCCGUGAUCAUCUGUCGUUGGAGGUGCUAGGGUCGUUCCUGAGCCUUACGAAGUAUCUGGUGACGUGUUUGUCAGCCAACUCGGACCUGCUGCUGAAACAGCUGUUCUGUUUCUCAUUCCUCACCUGGCAGUUACUCGACCACGUGCUGUUCAAUCCGUCGCUUUGGAUCUAUACACCGGCCACGGUGCAGGCUCGCCUUUACGCCUACCUGGCGACUGAGUUCCUGAGCGACACGCAGAUCUACAGCAAUGUUCGUCGGGUGAGCACGGUGUUGCAAACUGUGCACACUCUCAAAUUCUACUACUGGGUAGUGAACCCGCGAUCAAAGAGCGGUAUCACGCCUAAGGGACUAGAUGGGCCGCGACCAGCCCAAAAGGAUAUCCUGGCAAUCCGAGCGUACAUUCUGCUCUUCCUCAAGCAACUGAUAAUGAUUGGCAACGGGGUGAAGGAUGACGAGUUACAAAGCAUUCUCAACUACCUAAUGACCAUGCACGAGGACGAGAACCUCCACGACGUGCUGCAGAUGCUGAUAUCGUUGAUGUCGGAGCACCCAAGCUCGAUGGUACCUGCGUUCGAUGUAAAACACGGCGUGCGCACGAUCUUUAAGCUGCUCGCCGCCGAAAGCCAGUUAAUCCGGUUGCAGGCACUCAAGUUGCUUGGUUUCUUUCUCUCGCGCAGCACCCACAAGCGAAAGUAUGAUGUAAUGUCACCCCAUAACCUAUAUACACUCCUUGCCGAGCGGUUACUGUUGUACGAGGAAUCUAUGUCGCUGCCCACAUACAACGUGCUUUAUGAGAUCAUGACCGAGCACAUCUCACAGCAGAUCCUAUAUGCCAAGCAUCCGGAACCGGAGAGCCACUAUCGGUUGGAAAACCCAAUGAUACUAAAGGUAGUUGCCACGCUAAUACGACAGUCGAAGCAAUCGGAGCAGUUGAUCGAGGUAAAGAAACUUUUCCUGUCCGAUAUGACGUUGCUGUGCAACAAUAACCGUGAAAACCGGCGCACCGUACUGCAGAUGAGCGUGUGGCAGGAGUGGCUGAUCGCGAUGGCCUACAUUCACCCGAAGAGUUCCGAGGAGCAGAAACUGUCAGACAUGGUGUACUCUCUCUUCCGGAUGCUGUUACACCAUGCGAUUAAGUAUGAAUAUGGUGGCUGGCGGGUGUGGGUCGAUACCCUCGCGAUCGUGCACUCGAAGGUGUCGUAUGAGGAGUUUAAACUACAGUUUGCCCAAAUGUACGAGCACUAUGAGAAGCACCGUACAGACAACAUCACCGAUCCAGCACUCCGGCAACAGCGACCGAUCAGCACCAUCAGCGGCUGGGAACAGCAGGGGUCCGGUAGCAAUGGUAAGCCAACUACUGAGUCGGAUCUGCUGGUGGAUGGUCAUCGGGACUGUGGUGGACCACCGCAUCAUCAAUCACUAGCGUCCAUUGCCACUUCCACCGGAUGCAUCUGCGGACCCGAAACAGUAGAAACGGUAAUCAAGAAUCCAGUCGUGAAGGACUCGACCGACGACGGAUUUGUAGGUAAUUCGCUCGCUCAGAACGGUGCUUGCGGUAAGCAGAACAUCCUAGCGAACGAUCGAAUCACGGACUACGAAGAGCCAGUUACAAAACGGAACUGUCAAGACGCAGCUGAACAUGCUGCUGACGAUCAAGAGAUGGAGGAUAAGGUGGAAAAAGCAACCAAAUCGAAAGAGGAGUACACCGCAGAGGAAGUAGAUCAGGAGAAGAAUGAUUGUGACCAGCGAAGAAAGUUGGUGGCUGAUGUGAAAAGCGUCGCCGCUGGCAAAAUGGCAGCUUUGGGAUCCUCCGAUGCGCUGGUGGUCCAGCGCAUCGUCGAAGAAAUUGUUGAAAAAUCAUCUGCCAACCUACAGCUCAUGGGUUACGAAGCGCGGGACGUGGGAGCGCACGGCAAGAAGAAUGGCAAGCAACAAAUCCAAGGGGAGGAAACGCAGACCGAACCUACAUCGUCGCCCGUUAUCAAAGACGAGGAAAUCGAGCUUGCGGUCAAUGAGGUGGUGAAGAUGAGCCAGCUCAAGCCGCUCGAAGACGAGAGUAGCAAGAGUGGCCAUCAACAGGGCAGUGAUGAUUUGCCGCUGGUUGAUGCCGAAACAAUAAGCAAUAGCGAGAGUGUAAACGAUGUUGUGCGUAGAAUAGCGGCAACAGAAGAGCCGCUGUACAAAGAUGAGAACGAUAAGGCAAAGAUAGCAGCAUUCGUGGAGCGAUAUAUCGAGGAAGUGCUUGACCGUAUACUUUCCGACCCGGAGGCUGGGCACAGCCUAGAAGCGACGGAAUCCCUUGCUUGCGAGAUACAGCACAUGGUCCAAUCGAUAAUCACCGAUGCCGUAGAGCGAGUGGAAAAAACGAAUGGCGCUACUACGAGUGGAAUGGCGCUGGAAUGCCAGUGUGGUACAGUCAGUGGCGCGACGGUGCUGAAUCACAAUAACAACCACCACGAGGGACCGACCCAAGGCUACACCAAGAUUAGUGUCGUUUCCGAAGCAAUGAAAGGAAUGGCGGGACAAAACAAGAUCGUGCUCCUCAACGAGGAAGAGGAGGAGGUAGGUGUGAUGGAAGACGAAAAUGAUGUGGAAGAAGAGGAGGAGGGGAUGGAAGAGGGGUUCGAGGAUGAAGGUGAAGAUGAGAAGGAUGAAGAAGAAGUGCAAAAAGAGAAGAAAAAGAAGGUUCUGACACAGAAGGAGAAUGAAGAAUAUGACGCUGAUGAGGGAGAAGAGGAAGACGAGGAAGACGAGGAGGGCGAGGAGGGCGAGGAGGACGAGGAGGACGAAGAUCAAGAGGAUGAAGAGGAGGAUGAGGUGGAGCAUGAUGAAGAGGAGGAAGAUGAAGAGGAAGAGGAGGAAGAGGAAGAGGAAGAGGAAGAGGAUAUAAACAAAUCAGACGUACUAGUGGCAGCAGAUGAAUCAAAUCAGCUGUCGGCAAAACACGAUACAAUCGCGGAACCAGCAGGAUCGGCCGAGACUAUGAUAACUGGGAUGGCACCGAAUGCCGUGCCAGCAGCAGCAGAGCAGAUGGACACUCAUAAGCGCUCCUCAGCCAACGGUUCACAGCCUCAAACGCACUCGUCCAAGGCAUCGGCGAAUGGUGUGAACGCUGGACAAUCGUUGCCAGCGGUACCGUCCGGCAACAACAGUCAGCCGCCACUGGCGCAAACUAUGGCUAGCGCAGGCAACGAUGGCUUCAUCUAUGACGGUCAACCCAAGCGCUCGUCGAAGCAAUCCAGUUCCUCUUCGGGCAACCGGCCAAUGUUCUCACCCGGGCCGACACGCCCACCGUUCCGCAUACCCGAGUUCAAGUGGUCCUACAUCCAUCAGCGGUUGCUGUCUGAUGUACUGUUCUCGUUGGAAACGGACAUCCAGGUGUGGCGGAGUCAUUCGACAAAGAGUGUGCUAGAUUUCGUCAAUUCAACUGAGAACGCGAUCUUCGUAGUGAACACGGUUCAUCUGAUCUCGCAACUGGCAGACAAUUUGAUAAUCGCGUGCGGCGGGUUGCUGCCGCUGCUGGCUAGCGCCACCUCACCCAACUCCGAACUGGACGUGCUAGAGCCGACGCAAGGCAUGCCGCUUGACGUGGCUGUCUCGUUCCUGCAGCGGUUGGUGAACAUGGCAGACGUGCUGAUUUUUGCCAGCUCUUUAAACUUCAGCGAGCUAGAGGCGGAGAAGAAUAUGUCUUCAGGUGGCAUCCUGCGCCAAUGCCUUCGGCUCGUUUGCACUUGCGCCGUCCGCAACUGUCUUGAAUGUAAGGAGCGUACGCGCGGUUUAUACAAUGGAAUGGCGCUAAAGGAUAUACCGGGUGGUGUACACCUACAGGCCCUGAUUCGGGGCGCCCAAUCGACAUCAUCAAAAACGAUUAUUGAGUCGCUUUCGGGGCCUCUGAGUCCAGUGAAGGAUCCAGAAAAGCUAUUGCAGGACAUGGACAUCAAUCGGCUACGGGCAGUCAUCUAUCGCGAUGUGAAACGGCUCUUUCAGGAGGAAACCAAGCAAGCUCAAUUUCUGUCGCUCGCCAUCGUCUACUUCAUCUCGGUGCUCAUGGUGUCCAAAUAUCGCGACAUUCUCGAGCCACCGGUCGAGCUACAGAUCCACAGGAACUCGUCACCAGUAGUGCACCAACGCACUACACCCACGCAAGAGAGUGGCACUCGGCCGCUUUUCCCACAAUGGUCGCAUCACGUUUACCCACAGUUUUUACCAGGCUCGCAUCCCAACCACCAAACGGCAGUUGUGGUUCCUGGUGUAGGUGCCAGUGGUACCACCCAAGGAGCCAUCGCUGGUGGUACCGCCGGUGUCUGCGGAAGCAGCAUGGUGCAGUAUGGUAGCAACAGCAGCAGCAGCUCCAACACAACUCUCAUAUCGUCCUCGCAAGCCAUCUCGUCUCCAUCUAUGGCCCCGACUGUCAUCAAUGGCGCCAGCAACCACAUUAACAGCAAUCACUGCAACAACAAUCAUCUGAUCGCCAAUAACACUCGAGCCAAGGAGCUCACCUGCGCGACGGUUAAUGGUGGUGUGUCGUUACCACUGUAUUACAAUAACAAUAACCACAACAACGCUACUAGUAGUGGUGGGACCUGCAUGUUCUCGAGUGAUAUGAUGAGCUGCUACUCACCCGGCAGUGGUGCUCCAACGAUGGCAGUAACAACAGCAGCAGCCAUCGGAGGCCACUUGAAUCAUCUGCACCACCAUCAGCAGCAACACCUGCAACAUUCACAUAUGCAGCAGUACCAACAGCAACAGCAGACCAUCGUGAACAACAACAUGCUGAACGGCGGGGCAACGGGUCAGGCGGUCGAGUACGGAGCGGCUGUAAUGAGUGGUCAUUUACGCGGCGUGGCCGGGCACGGUCGCUCGGCUCAUCGCCCGUUACAACAAUCACCAAUACCGUCAGCGGUGCUUCAACACAACGCUGUCCCUAGCACAACCGCCAGCCAGGGCAUUACCAGCAGCAGCCACCAUUCCGGUGCCGGUGUCGUCAGUGAAAAGCUGUCCAAAGGAACCCAAUCAAUGCAGGACGGCGAGUACGAGGUGAUCGUGGUCGACGAGAGCAAUUCUUCCGUCAUUGCGGACGAUUCUCAUUCGAGCGGUCCGCUCUCGAUCAAGCGGAUAUCAUCGCCCAGUUCAUCUAGUGGCGGUGCCGACACACAGGUCCUUUCUUUGAGCUCUCAGCAACAGCAACAGCAUAAACAGGCGAUGUUAUCUUCCAACGUUCCGCGCAAUGAGAGUGCCAGCACGGCCACCAACCUAAAUAGAGACGAACUUGGGGUAAUCAUCACCACCACCAGCCCCUUAUCCGCUUCGUCCUUCUCCGCGGCGAAGAGUGUUGACUCGGAUGGUGCCUCCCUGAACCUUAACUCAACCGAAAACGAUCCGCAGGAGGUGGAAACGUCUAGCGAAAUCAUGCCGGACGACCACAAACCAACCAACUCAAACGACGAGAGCUGGACCGAUGUCAACCUGAACGAUGACGGGGUUGGCGAUUUGAAGCCACAAGGCGUCGAUGGACCCGUUGCUGUGCUCGGCAGCGAUGGCAGUGGCGUAGGGGCUAAUGCAAUCGGCGUCAGCGGCAAUGAUUCUUGCAUUUCGUCAAUUCAAACUAUGGGAGGAGGUGGAACGCGUCUUGAUGGAAGCGGAGAGCCCGUCGGUCCUGGUGAAGGUGGCAAGCACGAGUCUGAUAUUUCGGUCGUAAGGAUGCCAGACGGAUUCGGACCGUCGUCGGUGUCGUCCACGGUGGUAGUUGGCGGUGGUGGUGUCGGUGGUAGCAAUCGCGGACGCAGCACCGAUGAGAUCAACCUGAAAACUCCAUUCGUCGGCCAGAUCCCGUUGGCGUUACCUUCGCGAGAGGCCAGUCUGACACAAAAACUUGAGAUCGCCCUUGGACCAGUGUGCCCGCUGCUGCGCGAAAUUAUGGUGGAUUUUGCGCCCUUCCUAUCGAAGACGCUGGUCGGAUCACAUGGCCAAGAGCUGCUGAUGGAGGGAAAGGGUCUGACGACUUUCAAGAAUAGCCACUCAGUGGUCGAGCUGGUUAUGCUGUUAUGCUCGCAGGAGUGGCAGAACAGUCUGCAGAAACACGCCGGUCUCGCUUUUAUUGAGCUGAUCAACGAGGGCCGGUUAUUGUCACACGCGAUGAAAGAUCACAUCGUGAGGGUCGCCAACGAGGCCGAAUUCAUUCUGAACCGGAUGCGGGCAGACGAUGUGCUGAAGCACGCCGAUUUCGAGUCCCAAUGCGCCCAAACGCUAAUUGAGAGGCGUGAGGAGGAGCGCAUGUGCGACCAUCUAAUCACGGCUGCCCGCCGCCGCGACAACGUCAUAGCAAGCCGGUUGCUGGAGAAGGUGCGCAACAUCAUGGGCAACCGACAUGGGGCAUGGGGCGACAUGAACGCCAACUAUUCACGUCAGAUCUAUUGGAAGCUGGACGCCUGGGAGGACGAUGCACGUCGUCGGAAGCGUCUGGUGCAGAAUCCGCGCGGUUCGAGUCACCCACAGGCCACGCUGAAGGCGUCGCUCGUCAAUGGCUUAGCAACAGUUGUAUCGACGAUAGCGGCAGCAGCAGUCGCAACCACCGCCCCCGAAGAGACGAGUGGUGAUGAUCGCGCAGGUAUUGCCGGUGGCAACAAUCGCGUGGCACUGGGCAGGUCGAACCGGGACGAGAUAUACUCGCAGAUAGCGGUGCCGCGCUCGCAACAGCCCGAUUUGCUGGACGAUUCGGAACUGUUGAUCGAGGACCGGGAGCUCGAUCUUGACCUGACCGGUCCGGUUAAUAUCAGCACGAAGGCGAAGCUGAUCGCGCCUGGGUUAGUUGCGCCUGGCACAAUGUCAAUUACUUCCACCGAAAUGUAUUUCGAGGUGGACGAAGAGAACGGCGAAUUCCAGUCAAUCGACGCUGAGGUGUUGAAGUACUGUGACCAUCUACACGGGAAGUGGUAUUUUUCUGAGAUACGCGCCAUUUUCUCCCGCCGUUAUCUGCUACAGAACGUGGCUCUCGAAAUCUUUCUUGCCAGCCGCACCUCGAUCCUGUUCGCUUUCCCCGACCAGCACACGGUGAAGAAAGUGAUAAAGGCGUUACCUCGCGUCGGUGUCGGUAUCAAAUAUGGCAUACCGCAAACGCGUCGCGCCUCGAUGAUGUCGCCACGUCAACUGAUGCGCAAUUCGAACAUGACGCAGAAGUGGCAGCGUCGUGAAAUCUCAAAUUUCGAGUAUUUGAUGUUCCUGAACACUAUCGCCGGCCGGACGUACAACGAUCUCAAUCAGUAUCCUGUGUUCCCGUGGGUGUUGACGAACUACGAGUCGCGCGAGCUCGAUCUCAGCCAGCCGUCCAACUAUCGCGAUCUGUCGAAGCCAAUCGGUGCGCUCAAUCCGAGUCGGCGUGAGUAUUUCGAGGAGCGCUACGACACGUGGGACACGCCUGGCAUACCGCCGUUUCACUACGGCACUCAUUACUCGACCGCCGCCUUCGCGCUCAACUGGUUAAUCCGGAUCGAACCGUUCACCAGCAUGUUUUUGGCGCUGCAGGGCGGCAAAUUCGACCAUCCAGAUCGCCUUUUCUCCUCCGUGGCACUGUCUUGGAAGAACUGCCAACGCGACACAUCUGACGUGAAAGAGCUAAUACCGGAAUGGUACUUUCUGCCCGAGAUGUUUUACAACGCGUCUGACUACCGCCUCGGCCAGCGGGAAGACGGUACCCCGGUGAGUGACGUCGAGUUGCCACCGUGGGCCAAGACGCCCGAAGAGUUCGUGCGGUUGAACCGAAUGGCACUCGAAUCGGAGUUUGUCUCUUGUCAGCUACAUCAAUGGAUAGACUUGAUCUUCGGUUAUAAGCAGCGCGGCCCGGAAGCGAUGCGGGCCACCAAUGUUUUCUACUACCUAACGUACGAGGGAAGUGUUGAUCUGGAGACGAUUGGUGAUAUCGUAACGCGUGAAGCGAUCGAAAACCAGAUUCGAAACUUUGGGCAAACGCCCAGCCUGCUGCUCAUGGAGCCGCAUCCACCGCGCUCGUCCGCGAUGCACCUGUCGCCAAUGAUGUUCAACACUAUGCCUGACGACGUCUGUAUGUCGCUUAAGUUCCAUCUCAAUUCGCCAAUCAUACAUAUUUCGGCGAAUACGUAUCCGCAGCUACCGAUGCCCUCGGUGGUAACCGUGACCGCCGGCCAUCAAUUUGCGGUGAAUCGUUGGAACUGUCAGUACACGGCGAGCAUACAGAGCCCAAGCUAUGCUGAAUCGGCGCAGAACAUGAAUGCAAAUUUGCCACUAACGAUGGAUCCGUUGUUAUCGCAAAUCAAUGGACACAAUAGCAGCAGUAACCAGCAGAACCGCCGUCACCUGGGCGACAACUUUAGUCAAAAAUUACAGAUCAAGUCGAACUGCUACGUGACCACGGUUGACAGCCGUUUCCUAAUUGCGUGUGGUUUUUGGGACAACAGUUUUCGUGUGUUUUCGACGGAAACCGCCAAAAUAGUGCAAAUAAUUUUCGGUCAUUUCGGCGUGGUUACAUGUUUGUCCCGUUCAGAGUGCAACAUAACAUCUGACUGCUACAUCGCGUCCGGUUCUGCCGACUGCACCAUCUUGCUCUGGCACUGGAACGCUCGCACACAGUCAAUCGUCGGUGAGGGUGAGAUACCUACUCCCCGCGCCACACUGACGGGUCACGAGACAGCAGUAACCUCGGUGGUCAUCAGUGCUGAGCUAGGAUUGGUGGUAUCGGGCUCAAUUAGCGGUCCAGUACUGGUGCACACGACGUUUGGGGAUUUGCUGCGUUCGCUUGAAGCGCCAAAGGGCUUUAUCUCACCGGAAAAUAUAACUUUGUCGCGCGAAGGCUUCAUAGUGGUAAACUACGACGAAGGUAGCGUGGCUGCUUACACCAUCAACGGAAAACUGCUGCGUUACGAAACGCACAACGACAACUUCCAGUGUAUGCUGCUGUCGCGCGAUGGUGAGUAUUUGAUGACCGCCGGCAACAAGGGCAUUGUGGAAGUAUGGCGCACGUUCAAUUUGGCACCCCUGUACGCCUUCCCAGCGUGCAACAGUGGCAUCCGCUCACUUGCGCUCACCCACGAUCAAAAGUACCUUCUGGCCGGAUUGGCGACAGGUUCGAUCAUCGUGUUUCAUAUCGAUUUCAACCGCUGGCAUCACGAGUAUCAGCAGCGCUACUGAAAUCGAUCCAUCGGGUAGCUGCAAUGCUACGGAGGUAUCCAUCUGGAUCAGGAGCAGGUAGCGGAUAAAUCGAUCGAUUCAUCAUAACUGUCAACUGAAGUACUGAGCAAUGCAAGGAGCUGGUCAUUCAUAUCUACAUACAGUGAAUGCAGAUGUUUUUGCCUUGCUGUGCAAUAGCGGCGGCGACGGUGGCGGGGGGGUAGGGAGGAGGGGGAGAUCUGGGUUGAAAGCUCCUAAAAACUGGUGGGAAGCGUACUAUUUAUAGGCUGUUCUGUGCGAUCGUUAUCACAGGAUACCUAGCAUCCAUUGUGAACAAUAUGCUCACCGCGCCAUUCCAAAACGAACAUGGAAAACACAAAACCAAUACACUUCGUUCAGCACAAUGUGCUGAACGGGAAAAAUGUUAGUACACGUGAACCAAAGGAACGCUUCGUAGCCAAAGAAGCGCUUCGAUUUAUUUCAUUGCAGCCUGUGUACGCCGACAUACCGAAGAUGCCAGAAAUCCUGGAUGAUAGUGUACGUUAAUAUAGUGCUUGUGCGUGCAUGUAAUUUAAAGAAAAGAAUCCAUUCGUUUCUUAGUUUUGGAUGGUAUAAUUCUUUUCUGUUAUAUGGUACAGUAAGUUUCGCGUUUGCAUGGGCGGUGGGGGAAUUUUGGUCGCUGAUAUGUGUACGGCAUUGGAUCCUUUUUAUACAAUUUCGCUUGAAAAUCGCACAGAGUGAUGGUGUUCCUUCGCCGUUUGUAGUUAGAAGAGGAAGACGUUCAUAAAACAGCCUGCGCAUGAUGUUGAAGAGUAUCAAUUCAAUGCAGUUUUGUGCAUUGGACAUGAAGGAAUUAGGAGACUCCCCACUUCACUCAUGAGGUGAAGUUCCGCGAAAUUUGGUGCGAUAUUGAAAAAAUCGCGACAAAAGGUAGCAUAAAACUAAUAACAAUAUUACAUUCCAACCAUUAUGGAGGGGGGGGGGGGGAGGAGAAACGUACACAUGUAUGCCAAACUUUAAAGAUGUUAUUGACAGCCUUUUAAUCAUUCCACGAUAUUAAAAGAAACUAUAAUGCCGUACUUUCUGAAGCAACAUAUGUGUUUGCUUAUGAUCGUGAUAGUGUUACGAAAAAGCAGGUGCUGGUUAUUGAACAUUAGAACAUAACCGAUGCACUUACGAUGAAAUAGGGACGAAUGAGUGAGAGCAGCGCAAUAGUUCGGUGUGGCUAAAACCAACGAUACUAAGAUAUCUCAAAACAAAAUACAAAAAAGAAAACAUUAGCAUAUUAUGCAAAUCGAUUCUUCUUGAAAUAUGAAUUUAGCACGGAGUCGAGCAACAAACUGUGCGCAAGACUAAAUGUAAUAGAAUAAAAGGAAAGUUUGCGAGAAAUGAGUAGGCGGAAAAGCGAGUCGAUCAAGAAAAUGAGAUAGAGGAAAAGUCAGGCCAGCAGGAGUAGUAAAAAGUAGAGUCAGAAUGAGUAAUACAAUGUGAAAAAUAGAGAGAUAUGAGAACAUUUUGAGGUUAUCCGUCCGCGAAUAUUUACAUUAGCCAUACGAAAAAUGCAAAAAAAAACCCAAAAAGAAUAACAAUAUGAGUAAAGAUACCAAAGCAGAACAAAAAAGAAAAAAGAAAACUAAACAUCGCUAUAUUGUCGUCCGAAAGCAUAGAAACGAAAUAGAAAAGAUGUGUAGGGGAACAGAGAGAGAGAGAGAGAGAGAGAGAGAGAGAGAGAGAGAGAGAGAGAGAGAGAGAGACGCUCUAACGCUAAGUACAGUAAAACUGCACUCCAUGCAAUCCUUAUGUGCUGUUUUUUUUUAAACAUAUAUAAGGACGGACGAGCCGUACUUUUAAUAUGCGCUGUUUUAAUUUCUAAUGUUUUGAAUAGCAUACACAGAUAGGGUUCUAUAACAGCAUAGUAGGCCAGGGCAGCAGCAGAUGAUAAUCAUCAAAAUUGGUGGUUGACACACAAUGCAAAAUGAGUCAGCAAGAGGGGAAAGGAAAUGCAAAUAACACAAGAACCUUAUUUCACGUGCCAAACUAAUAUUAAAUAGAACAAUAUUAACUAAAAAGGGAAUGAUAGUCCUGGCCAGCGAUGUAUUCAAGAUGGGAGAUAGAGAGAAUAAAGAUAGAGAGAGAUAAAAAGAAAAAGGUAAAGGCAAACAGAAAGAGAGAGAGAGAGAGAGAGAGAGAGAGAGAGAGAGAGAGAGAGAGAGAGAGAUGGGAAGGGGAAUCUAGUAACUAUGCAAAACAAUACGCAUUAAGAUAAAGCAAACAAAAAACCAACACACAGAACAAAACAUCCUGCCUAAAUGUGCUCGUGUAGUGUUUAAAAAAGUACUUAACGAAUGAAGAUAAUUUUGAUAACGCUUGAACCAGCCAACAUGUAAUUGAACGUCUUAAUACUGCGUUCAGAUAAAUCUAAUAGGCAGGCUUGCAUAGAGGGGAUGGGAUGGGUGGCGGCAGCGUCGACGACUUCUGCGGGCUUGUAUUUGAUACCAUAUAAACAAACAAAAAAAAAACAAAAAUGUGCAACCAGUUCGUGCACUUAUUUGACAAUUGAUAGAUUCAUCACUGAUCCUAACCAAACCUCUUUCCUCACGAUGCAUAUACACAAUUGAAGCGUAUGCCGCGACAGCGAGCCGACGAACCUUAUUCUAUAGAAUUUAUCUUAUUUAACUAAACACAUGAGCGAGAGGUGUGCAUUCCUGCGAUUCCUGAGAGAAAUGAAAUAAACGCGAUUCCAGAGUUUAGUGAUGGGUGAAUAGGGCAAGAGGACAAGGAACAGGGCACGGGUCAUGUAGUAAGCAUAUUUUUAAGUUAUUACCUUUACUACUUAUACCACCCGCUAUUGUGUGGGCUGUUGGUAAGACAUUUGUUGGUUUUGUUCAAUUUACGAUCGAGGUUUCUACACAUCUUAACCGGCCGGUCUACUUAGGUAAGCCCUAGUACAGUUUUGCAUUAGAAAACUUGCCCCUAGCGUAAGAAAGUGAAAGAAUGGAGGACAAAGCAGGUGACGGAAAGAGAGUGAGCGGUCUCUCAUAGUCAGAGUUCGAAAGUGUUGUUCUCCGUGCAUGUUUGGCAACUCUACUGACUGCUUCUAAUGUGAUGGUUUUGCAAACGCUCGCUUAAGGUUGUGUUUUCCAGUACUUAACUGCACUUUUGUGGUAUUUUCUCUGUGUUAAAACUCAAACAUUGCUAUCGAUCGGUUUAGUUUCUAAUGCAUAAUGCGUAUUAUCUAUAUAUGAUCCUUCAUUCCAUGCAGCUACUCUCGCAUACUCGUUUCACAACUCGUGCAAAUCCUUACGUUCUUCGGGCAGGAAAAGGAUUGUGGAGGGGGGCUGGAAUGCCCCUACAAUGUUGCAAGGCGACCAGCGCCAUUAAACGGAUAUCGUUUUCCUACCAUCCCUGUUUCUCCCUACCUUCUGUUAACUAAUAUCAUCGCAUUACCUGUUUUUUUUAUUCUAUUGCGAAAAAGGACAGGAAUUCAGAACGUUAGCGAAUUAGCAUAAAUAAAACACAAAUGCAUCUUGGUGUAAUAUUCUUCA